AUGACCACAUUCCACGGUGUGCAGUACGUGCUUGCUCCUGACACACAUCAAUUUCGGAGGUAAAUCUUUAAUGAAAUUAUAGGCAGACUAUUCGUUAAAUUGGGGUCUAUUUAAACUCUCUUCACCAUGACCCCAUUUUCCCGUAACUACAGAUUUAACUUACUAAUAGAUGAGUGGCCCGAUGACGGGAGAAAUAUUUAUAAUAAUUUUAAUUUGAAAUUGAUAAAAAUUCUUUGAACGAUUAUUCCACGAUGUACAGGACCUUACAAUAUAUUACCAGAAAUAAAACAAUUGCAAUACAAAUAAAGCAAUUCUUUUCGUCAUUUACGAAGUCUAAUCGCGAUCUAGUCUCAUUUCUACUCUAUUUACGAAUUGACCAGCGUGCUCCCACAGAAGUCACAAAUCUUAAUGAGAACUAGCAACUCCCCGAUAAGGCUAAGAGAAUGUUCUUUUUUUUUUCUUUUUUUUUUUCACUAGUGAAAUAAUUUAAUGUAGAAGUCUUGUGUUCAUAUUGUUUUGUUUAUGUGAUGAAAAUCUACAAAGCAAUCAGAAAAGAUUUCCAUUUGUUUGGAUCAAUUCAAGAAUCAUAUCUUAUCUCUUUUGAUGCCGGAUUCAGCAAAUGAAUAUUUUUUUUUCAAACCGUUCGCCUUACUUCUAGAAUAUUUAGGACGGAAAAAAAACAACAGAUUAGUUGAAAUUAAAUAUUUCCUUCCCUGCUAGUGAAAACGAUAUAUUUAUCCUGAGAUGAAGAAGUCUUUAAACUAAUUUUAGUUUCUUUACGUACGCCAAAGUUGACACAUUUCUAUCGUUUAAUUUUUUUUUUCCAAUUUUCCUCCCAUCUCCCACCCCGGGUCUCCUUACUUCAAACGCGGAAAAAGUAUUCUGAAGGCCAACGCUAAGAGUUGGGACGUAAUUUUUUUUUUUAUAUUCAAAAGUGUAAACGGCCUUCAUAGUAGUCCUUCACUCAAAGAGUAUGGUGGGCCUUUAAUACCGCCAAUUUAAAGAAAGAGAAAUAAUGCACACCACCAAAGACGACAACAUACACAGUUAUUUCAUGAUAAUUUUUUUUUCUUCAAAUCCCAGUAUGACACGACUUUCCGUAUUAAAAAAAAAAUGUCACUGUUAUUCCCCUUGUCAUUCCUAAGGUUUGUGUGGAUGUUGAUUAUCUCCCUUGGUUUCGUCAUCGUGACCCUCCAGUUACUCGUAGAAUACGAGUAUUUCAACAGUAAUCCUACCAGCAUCAACGUCCAUAAGAUCUAUACAAACUACAUCGAAUUCCCGGCAGUAACCAUCUGCAAUGACAAUAUUUUUAGGUGA